GUUGCAUACUCAAAGAAAGAUGGUCGACCAGUUAAUAAAACUGUUGCACAAGCCUUGUCACGCAUGGAUGAACUUGUGUCACAAAUACCAGAGUCUUCCAUGCAAUCUUCAUCUGCAGUCGAUAAAGUUUUCAUUCAAGUCAUGGGACCAGAGCAACUUGAACGUGUUAGAACAUAUGGUUUUGGACCAUCUCCGAGUGAUGUGUUUGGACUUAAAAAAUCAGAAGAGAUGCAAGCAAUGCAGUCCCAACUAGAUGGGUAA